GUGCUGUAGGUCGGAUGUGCUCUGUGCACAGCGUCAUGACGACCGUUCGAAUUUGACAGGAAAUCGGCACUUCCACUUCCGGCGAAACAUCACUCGGCAACAAUGGCCGCUGUUGUUUUUAGCCGAUGGUCUGUCUAUUUUUAGCCUAUCCGGUCUGCCUCCUACUUAUAUAGCAAGCGUCUGUUCCUGUCAUCGCCAAAACAUGAGUGCUAAAUUUCUUAAAAUUGUAAACGGCUCAAAGGAACACUGCUGCGUACCACUUUGUUCGGCCUCAGGCCGUUAUAACAGUACGCUUAGUUUCCACUGUUUCCCCAAAAACGCAAGUCUUCAGGCUAAGUGGAGUCAUAAAGUGCGAAGGACGGGGUUUACCGUAACCCAGCACACCAAGGUUUGCAGUCGGCACUUUAAGCCCCACGAGAUUGUGAUAUCCAAGAAAGGAAGGCGUGCUUUGGUAGCAGGUGCUGUCCCUUCGUUGUUCGAGUGGAACAAUUAUUCAACCAAGGAACGACCCGGUGUUUGGGAGCGACGGGCAAGACCACCAAGUCCGGAGCCUGAUGUCAUUGAACCAGCGGCAGCGGAGCCUGUCGCCAUCCCUAUGGUCAUGGACCAUGACUAUGAAGCAUCUCCUACUGUGUGCGUGGAUAGGCAACAUUACGAGCAACUAAAACAAGAAAUCGAUGCACUUCGAGAGCAACUGAAAACAUGCCAUCUGUCCAAAUUUGGACUGCAGCGGUUUGCCUCUUCUCCAGAAGACAUACGAUUUUACACCAGGUUCCCAUCCUACACGCACCUGAUGGCGUUUUGGAGCCUGAUUGAGUCUGCAACAUCAAAAAUGAUCAGAGUGACCAGCAGAGCCAGGAAAGCAUGCGACAUUAGCACAGUCACUGAGAGCCCUAUGACCAGACCAACUAAACUGCUGCCAAUAGAUGAGCUGUUCCUUUUCUUGACUUACCUGUCAACUGGCUGUACCCAAGGGGAACUGUCUCAUCGCUUCAACAUCCACAGAACAACAGUAGGCCGUAUCAUAGUCACUUGGGCCAACUUUCUGUACUCCCUGUUGGGCUCGAUCUGUUUUUGGAUGUCCCCUGCAGCUGUGAAGACCUGUCUACCUCCUGAGUUUGAUGGCAGAUACAGCAACACCCAAGUAAUCGUUGACUGCACCGAACUUAGAUGUCAGACACCCUCUUCCCUUCUGCUGCAGAGUGAGGUUUUCUCAACCUACAAGUCACACUGCACCUUCAAGGCCAUGGUAGGAAUGUCCCCUCAUGGAGCCCUUACAUUUGUAUCUACCCUCUUUGAGGGCUCCAUGAGCGACAAGGAAGUGUUUCGCCAGUCAGGAAUUACAUCCCUUUUAACCCCCAAGAUGGCCAUUAUGGUUGACAAAGGAUUCCUGGUGGAUGACCUGGUACCUGGGACUGUUUAUCGUCCAGCUUUUGUUACUCAGAGGGCCCAGAUGCCAGAGGAGGAUGUCCUACAGACCCAAUCCAUAGCUCGGCUGAGGGUACAUGUAGAAAGGAUGAUUAGAAGAGUCAAAGAGAACAAACUGUUCGACACCACCAUCCCCCUGUCCAUAACCGGGAGCAUUAAUCAGAUAUUUACAGUAGCCUGUCUUCUCUCAAAUUUCCAAAAUGGACCCCUAGUGGCAAAUGAAGUUUGA